GCUCCUCCGCACUGCUGGGCAGAGCGGGCGAGCUGGAGUCCGUCCGAGUUGGCCGAAGCUGUUGCCAUGACACGCAUUUUCUUCAGAAAGCUGUGCUGUUGAGACCAUCCAAAGCUGGGGAUUGAGGCGGGUGGCACGAAGUUCCUGGGGCGCCAUCCUUCCGAGGACAGCAAGACCAGAGACACUCGACCCGCCCAGCUCCCCAGCAUUAUUUUCUUCCAGGAACCUGAGAAGUCCUUCCCAUUGGGAGGGCCGGGUGCAGGAGACCCGGCCCACUCCCUGCCCUGGCAAAAAAGGCAAGAGAGCAAAGCCAGCAUCUCUAGCGUGGCUGCUCGUCGGGGAGACCGGUGGGUGGUCAUCCCCGCCCUACCCUGUGCAUGGAAACCCGGAGGGAGAGUCCUGCUCCGAGAAGCCUGGAUCUUUGCUAGAAAGAGAGAGAUCCAGUUGCCACUGGCACCCCGGGAGCCCUCCUCCUUCUCCUGCUGCCUCUCUACCACAGCAGUUGCCCGUCGUUGCUAAGGCUGCUUCCAUGGUAACAUGCACACGCCGUUUACACUUCCAUCUGGGCAAGUUGGUCUAAGCUAGGAACCUAUCUACCCUGGACGACCACUUCCAUCGCCACCUGGGGACGCCAAUCAUCGCGACACGUGGUCCGGCUUCCACUCGGUUCCCCCGCCCUCUUCCUCUUCUGGCUGCCAAGCUUCACAAGGACAAGGGGUCUGGGCUUGAGGCCCUGGAGCUAUUGCACGAGAGAUAGUGAACCAGGUUCCUGAAUGGGCUCCCACAGAAGCAAGGAAUAAGAAGUAGGCAGAGAAGCAAGAGACCCUGGUCAGUCGGAGGGAAGCUCCCCAUUUUCUCUGACUGAGGGGGCCUGAGGGGCUUGGCAACCGCGGGCAAAAUGACAAACCCAACAGAACAUGCCUUGCCGGCCAACUCGGUUGAGGGCCAUGAGGGGGACUUUGGCUGCUCAGUAAUGGACCUCAGGAAGCUCAUGGAGCUGCGUUCGGCCGAUGCAAUAAACCACAUCAGCGCCAGCUAUGGAGGCGUAAUGAAUCUCUGCAGUAGACUGAAAACCAACCCUGUGGAAGGUCUCUCUGGGAACCCGGCAGAUCUGGAAAAACGUAAACAAGUGUUUGGACAGAACUUAAUCCCUCCCAAAAAGCCCAAGACCUUCUUAGAAUUAGUGUGGGAAGCCCUUCAAGAUGUCACACUCAUCAUCCUGGAGAUCGCAGCCAUCAUCUCCCUGGUUCUGUCCUUCUACCGCCCCCCUGGUGAAGAAAAUGAACAGUGUGGUCUACCUGUAAAUAGCCCAGAGGACGAAGGGGAGUCAGAAGCCGGCUGGAUCGAGGGGGCGGCCAUUCUAUUCUCGGUGAUCAUCGUGGUGCUAGUGACGGCCUUCAAUGACUGGAGCAAAGAGAAGCAGUUCCGAGGGCUGCAGAACCGCAUUGAAAAGGAGCAGAAAUUCUCUGUUAUUCGGAAUGGUCACAUCAUCCAGCUCCCUGUGGCUGAAAUCGUGGUGGGCGAUAUUGCCCAAAUCAAAUACGGUGACCUGCUGCCUGCAGAUGGGAUCCUGAUCCAGGGGAAUGAUCUAAAGAUUGAUGAGAGCUCUCUGACUGGGGAAUCAGACCAUGUCAAGAAGUCCUUGGAAAGAGACCCCAUGUUGCUCUCAGGGACCCACGUCAUGGAAGGUUCUGGCCGGAUGGUGGUGACUGCCGUGGGUAUCAACUCCCAAACUGGGAUCAUCUUUACCCUCUUGGGGGCCAGCGAGGGAGAGGAGGAGGAGAAGAAGAAGAAAGGUAAAAAACAAGGAGUCCCCGAAAAUCGCAACAAAGCAAAGACCCAGGAUGGAGUGGCCCUGGAAAUCCAGCCGCUCAACAGCCAGGAGGGUGUCGACAGUGAGGAAAAGGAGAAGAAGACAGUCAAGGUGCCCAAGAAGGAGAAGUCGGUGCUGCAGGGCAAGCUGACGCGCUUGGCCGUCCAGAUCGGGAAGGCUGGUCUGAUCAUGUCUGCUAUCACCGUUCUGAUCCUGAUUCUCUACUUUGUGAUUGACAACUUCGUGAUACAGCGCAAACAGUGGCUAGCCGAGUGCACGCCCAUCUACAUCCAGUACUUUGUCAAGUUCUUCAUCAUCGGCAUCACUGUACUGGUGGUGGCUGUGCCGGAGGGGCUGCCACUGGCUGUCACCAUUUCACUGGCCUACUCUGUGAAGAAAAUGAUGAAAGACAACAACCUGGUACGGCACCUGGAUGCCUGUGAGACAAUGGGCAAUGCCACAGCCAUUUGCUCUGACAAGACAGGCACGCUGACCAUGAACCGCAUGACUGUGGUGCAAGCUUAUAUUGGAGAUACCCAUUACCAUCAGCUCCCAAGCCCUGACGCCUUCGUGCCCAAGGUCCUGGACCUUAUUGUCAAUGGCAUUUCUAUCAACAGUGCCUAUACCUCCAAGAUCCUGCCUCCGGAGAAGGAGGGCGGCCUGCCCCGGCAGGUGGGCAACAAGACGGAGUGUGCGCUGCUGGGCUUCGUCACAGACCUGAAGCAGGACUACCACGCGGUGCGCAGCGAGGUGCCCGAGGAGAAGCUCUACAAGGUGUACACCUUCAACUCGGUGCGCAAGUCCAUGAGCACGGUCAUCCAGAAGCCCAGCGGCGGCUACCGCAUGUACAGCAAGGGCGCCUCGGAGAUCAUCUUGCGAAAGUGUAAUCGAAUCCUGGACAAGAAAGGAGAAGCCAUGCCAUUCAAAAAUAAGGACCGGGAUGAGAUGGUGCGCACGGUCAUCGAGCCCAUGGCCAGUGAGGGACUCCGGACCAUCUGCCUAGCUUACCGAGAUUUCAGUGAUGUAGAGCCCCCAUGGGACAAUGAGAGCGAAAUCCUCACUGAACUGACCUGCAUCGCAGUGGUGGGCAUUGAGGACCCUGUGCGCCCGGAGGUACCAGAUGCUAUUGCCAAAUGCAAACGAGCUGGCAUUACUGUCAGAAUGGUGACAGGAGACAACAUCAACACAGCCCGGGCCAUUGCCACCAAAUGUGGCAUUGUGACACCUGGGGAUGAUUUCCUGUGCUUGGAAGGCAAGGAAUUUAACCGACUCAUCCGCAAUGAGAAGGGCGAGGUAGAACAAGAAAAGCUGGACAAGGUCUGGCCUAAGCUUCGAGUCCUGGCGCGAUCUUCCCCCACGGACAAGCAUACGCUGGUGAAAGGCAUUAUUGACAGCACUGUCGGGGAACAGCGACAGGUGGUGGCUGUCACUGGUGAUGGCACAAAUGAUGGGCCGGCUCUGAAGAAAGCAGAUGUGGGGUUCGCCAUGGGCAUUGCAGGCACAGAUGUGGCAAAGGAGGCAUCAGACAUCAUCCUAACAGAUGACAACUUCACCAGCAUCGUGAAGGCAGUGAUGUGGGGACGAAACGUCUAUGAUAGUAUCUCCAAGUUCCUGCAGUUCCAGCUCACUGUCAAUGUGGUGGCCGUGAUUGUGGCCUUCACUGGAGCCUGCAUCACUCAGGAUUCCCCAUUGAAAGCUGUGCAGAUGCUGUGGGUUAAUCUAAUCAUGGACACGUUUGCCUCACUGGCCCUGGCCACAGAGCCUCCCACAGAUUCUUUGCUGAAGCGUCGCCCCUAUGGCCGAAACAAGCCCCUGAUCUCCCGGACUAUGAUGAAGAACAUCUUGGGCCAUGCUGUCUAUCAGCUCACAGUCAUCUUUCUCCUUGUCUUUGCCGGUGAGAAAUUGUUUGACAUUGAUAGUGGGAGGAAGGCACCUCUACAUUCCCCACCCAGCCAGCACUACACCAUUAUUUUCAACACUUUUGUGCUGAUGCAGCUCUUCAAUGAAAUCAACUCACGCAAGAUCCACGGAGAGAGGAAUGUCUUUGCAGGCAUCUUCCGUAAUCUCAUCUUUUGUUCUGUGGUUUUGGGCACAUUCGUCAGCCAGAUUAUCAUCGUGGAGUUUGGGGGUAAGCCUUUCAGUUGUACGAAGCUCACCCUGUCCCAGUGGUUUUGGUGUCUCUUCAUUGGCAUUGGAGAACUGCUGUGGGGUCAGGUAAUCUCCACAAUACCUACCCAAUCCCUGAAGUUCCUGAAGGAGGCUGGGCAUGGCACUGCCAAAGAGGAGAUCACCAGGGAUGCAGAGGGGCUAGACGAGAUUGACCAUGCAGAAAUGGAGCUGCGCCGAGGCCAGAUCCUCUGGUUCCGGGGCCUGAACCGUAUCCAGACUCAGAUCGACGUAAUUAACACAUUCCAGACGGGAGCCUCUUUUAAGGGAGUCCUAAAGCGACCGACCAUGGGUCAACACCUUGAUGUAAAACAUGUUCCUAGGUCAUCCUAUGUAACAGUUGUACCAGUCAAAUCUUCCCCCACCACUUCUGUUGCUGCUGCUGUUUCAUCUCCUACUCUGGGCAAUCAAAGUGGUCAAAGCAUUCCAUAGUUCCCUCCAUGAAAGCAUCCAGAAACCCAAGAACCAAAACUCCAUCCACAACUUCAUGACCCACCCUGAAUUCGCCAUAGAUGAGGAGGUGCCACGAACACCACUCCUGGAUGAGCAAGAGGAGGAAAAUCUUGAAAAGGUUUCUAAGUCUGGGACUAGGGUGCUCCUGUUGGAUGGUGAGGUCACUCCAUGCUCCGACAGAAACAGCUCUGUGAUGGUGGAUUGCAACCAGGUGCAUAUUGUUGCCUCCCCUUCGGACAGCCCUCCACACAGCCUGGAGACAUCCGUUUGAACUUCAUUCUGACUCCCAUCCGUGCUUUCCCUAUUUCCUACUCAUCUCUCCCAUCUAUAAGGUGAUGAUGGGACUUUUCACUGUCGUGCCAGCUGCUCCCAAGUAUGCGUGAGCCCCACCUGACCAUGAAGAGGCAAAGAACAGACCUACAAGAAUUUCAACUUAAACUUGAGUUGGGGUUUGUAGCAGGGCCCAGUCAAGCCCCAGGCAGGUAGCAAAGAGUAGAAUCUACUCCUUGGGUAUAUCAGUUGUCAUUUUUAAAGAAAUGAUAUGAUCCUCUUGGCAUUCACCCCAACCCAAAUUCUCCCCCAGUAUUCAUACAGAUGUUGCCAUCUCCUGACUUCUGGAUUUUACCCUACGAGUCUGUGCCAUGUAAAACUUCACUUAAGGGUUCAGAGAGACAAAUAUUCUCAAAUGAAAUGUGUGGGAAGCAGGAAUGGAAUGUAUGGAAUUAGCCAAUAGGGUGAUUGUUUUUAAAAUUGUUUUCCCAUCUUGAAAACUUACACCUAAAGCCCUCUAGCUCUUUGUACCCUUCCAGUCAAACUUCACCACACUCUCUUGAGUAUUGUCUUCCUUACCUUCACUUUUUUUUUUUUUUUUAAGUUGUGACGACUAAGAAAGUGGAAAGGACCUGGAUGAAUUGAGUCAACUUUGGCCAUUCCCCCUUCUGGACCUUACGGAACCAUUGAUUUAGUUCUAGAGGCAGACAGGCUUUCUUUGCUAAUGGGGUCUUUUGAAGCAAUUGAGAGCUAGUAAGAAUGUGUUAGGUUAUCUAAUUCUAAACUUGUCAGGUAUGUGUGGUUUCUAAGUACUAGGGAGAUCAGCCUUGACCGUGAAGCUUGCAUAUGUGUGGUAUGUAGUUUUUACCGUAAUCCUGAGAUUUCUCUUCUUUCUAAAGUGGUGGCAAAUGAAUCUAUUGAGAAAGACCCUGCCUCUUAACUGAACUUGGAUAUUGAGGCCCAGAAGUUGGCUGGUCUAGGACAAGAUAAACCAUCAAAGCCAACUCUUGUAGAGUCCUUGAGGUGACCACUACUGCUUUCAAAACCAUCUACCAAGGCUCUUCCAGGGAAGGACCUGAUUGUUGGGGAAGUGAGUGUUGAGAAGCCUUGGAGAUGCCAAAGGGCCAUUCUAACAGGAUCUGAGAAACCUGAAACCUUGAGCUUAGGUGCCUGGGUACCAGCUUUGAUAUUCGCUUCAGUUGUCUAACUCUACUCUUUGCUGUGUUCCCUAACUUGUCCAGUCUCUGAAAAGUUCCCAACCUUUCUCAAAUACUCUGAUUUUGAAAAUAUAUAUCCAAAGUGGGAAGCUCCAGUGACAUUUUGCUUACUUAAAGGAGCAAAAGACCCACCCUGAAAAGCUCUCCUCCAUCCUGCCUUCCCUUCUCACAUGCCCCACUCGAGCCCCUCUCCAGAACGAGCUCACCUGCUGCACAGAAAAGCCCUGUGCCUUCUUUCCCUGGACACUGCCCACAGCAUCCCUCUCGCCUGCCUCUCAGGAUGGGGACUCACUAGGAGGUUUUUCAAGUGUUCCUUAAUGGGACAAGGUGGAGCCACAUUUGCAGCAGCUCCAUUUCUAUCCCUGUGCAGGGGUUCUCUCGUGUCUGCCAGUUCCCUCCUCCCGCGGGGUAGAUGGGGAAGCUGCCCCCUCUCUGCAGAGCGAGGGGAGCAGGGGAAGGGGCUCGAGGCGCUUUGUGAACUGCCACACGUCCCUUUGGGAGAGUAAGGGCGCCCGCACCCGACUUCUCCAGCCAUUUCUUCUGGAUGCCGCCUCUCUCGCGCUUUCACCUGAGCUGACCAAGGUAGGAAGAGUAAAGAAACAAUACUCCCUACACAUCCCCGUCACUACAGAAUUUACCAAAUUGGAUUUGGGUUUUGUAAAGGUGACACGCGUCAGUGAUCUUUUCUCUGUCUGGAACAUGAGGGAGGAAAAACAGCUCGCGCAAGGCGUUAGGUGUUCACAUGUAUAUUUAUUAAGUACAUUGGAAGAUUUCGUUCUGUCAAGUCUUUUAUUACCUCAGAUCAGUUUCAAAAACAAGCCAAUAACAAACUUUGGAGGCUAUUUUACCAUUCCUGCUCCAAACAGACUCUCAUGGUGCCGGACAGGUUACUCCUGAGAGCUUGUGUCUACUUUUAAAGUCAACGGUUUUUUGUGUGUUCUAGUUUCCACAGUAGGAGAGAAAAAUAUAGAAAUAUUAUGCAAAAAAAUAAAUAGUUUUCUUUAGAUCAGAAACUGGUAUUUUUUGAGUCAGCCAUAUGUAUUUCAUUUAAAGGAUUUAAAAUAAAGUGCUGUCAUGUAACCCUGUGGAGGGAGCACAUAACCAGCUGUUUAACAUGACAGGUGACUUAGCAUAUUUGUAAUUGGUUUUAAAACCAAUGCAGCAUAAUUCCUUUCUCCAAACAGCCAUCUUUAUACUUAGGGGGAAAAAUUUGUUGGGUUCUAGACUUUUUUAAUAUAAAUUUUGUUGAUAUGGAAUUGAGUAAGUUUAAGUGUUUAUGUGCCUAUGUUUUUUAUAUAUAAGUUUUUUCUAUUCAGUUUCAGUGAUCCAACUGGCAGUGAGUAAAUAUGGCAUAAGUUAAUACAGCUUUUCCCCAAAAUGGUGCUUCGGAUUUGAAAAGGGUCUGAUGGGGAGAAGGGGAAAUAUUGUCCUAGAUUAUUACUCUCCUGAGAAGCCUAGAAAAAUGGGCAGUAGACUGGAUGGGGAGGAAAGCAUCCAGCCAGAAAGGAGAGCCAGCAGCAAAUGCAGGUGGGCCCCGCGGAGAUGGGUGCCAGGCUCUCUCGUAGCUUAGUGAUGAGCGUCAGGGGCCUUGGUUGGAUUUUGUUUCUUGGUGAAUAGCUGGCAGAGUGGUACCCAAGACAUGAACAUCUGUUGGGCCGCAAGGAUACUCUGAUUUGGGGUUUGCGUUUUUACCUCCAACAGGAGGUUCUUUUACCCCCUGUUGUCCCUGGAGUUUUCCAUUAGUGAGUUUUUCUGCAAGGAUCUGAGUUGGGACCUCUUCCCCUUCCCUAGAAUGGUUUCAUGCAGUAGAUAAGGUGGGGUAUAGAGCUCUAAGUGGAAAAAACGAAGGCUGGGUCUAGCCCUGCCUGACAGUCUUGGGGCUAGAGCCCUCCUGUAGGUGCCCUCUGACCUCUGAAAUGACUCACAUCCCUACAAGUUAUAGAGAGCCUACCUAGAAAUCCCUCUGGCACUUGUGGGUUCUUUAGGUUUGGGUUUCUUUUUCCCCUUGGGCUUCAGAGGGGAGCGUUUGCACUUAAACCUGAGUGAUUACCUCACUGCCCCAAACCCAAAGGGGCGUGGCAAGUUCACACGUGCCCUGAAACCCCAAACGCAGAGCUUCCUUUCUUUCCUGCUUCUUUGCCCAUCGCCUGAAGCAGCCCAUGAUGCCCUCACAAAGUGCACACUUCCUCACUUUCACAAGGGACCACCCCACUGCCGUGGUGGGGGUGAGGCAUUUCUAAAUGCCUGCUAUUAAGCCAUUCCAGCCCCUCCCUCAAGUAGACCAGACGCCCUCCAUUUAGCUCAGUGCCAGUCUUUUUUGCCUUCCCAGCCCUGCUGUUAGGCCUGCUGUCCCCUUUCCUCUUGAUUAAGAGAGAUGGAGGGAGGUGAGCUCCCCGUGACUGGCUGUUGGCUCAUGUUUUCUCCCCAUGUGUAUGUAUGCCAUAUGUGAAUAUGCAUAUAUAUGUGCCAACAAAUCUAACUACUUGGUUCUUUUCAAAUCAGCACACAGAUAGGAAUUUUGAGUUUCUUUUUUUUUUUUUCCUGUAACUAGUAUAGCAAGCACUGGUUUUUUUUUUGUAUAAAAAUAAAAACAAAACAAAAGCUAGGCCAUUGUGGUCCGCAUGACAUCAAUAAGCAAAUGGUGAUAGCAAAGCAAUGCGUACCCCAGUGUGUGUUGCCAUAAUUUGCAGUUCGGCUUAACGGUGCACCCAGCCUGUAUUUGCAUUUUGAUAUUAUUUAAGCUCUCUGUACAAUGUUUUGCAUGUAUUUAUAUGGUUCUUAGAAAAAAAUGCUAUAAACUGGCAAAUCUGAAAUUGGAAGAUGUUGUUCCACUGAGGCAGGAAGAACAGAAGAGGAAUUUUUUUUUUAAAGAUGGGAAAAAGGGAGAAUUGCUUUGGAACCAAUGAAAUGUUGCUGAUGAGCAGAGAUCAGUACUGCUGUGCACUGAGAAUAAAGCCCGUGCCCACCUGUAA